AUGUCACAGACUAGGCUUAUGAUGGUAGCAGUAUCGAGAUUAUCAGAGGACUUCACGAUCGGACUCUCAACACCAACGACGUCAUUUAAGGGCUUCAACGUUGAUAAAGCUGAGCAAACUAAGGUGAAGACGUUUUCAUACAAGGGUAAGGAGUAUUCACUUCAACAUGGCUCGGUGGUUCUCGCUGCUAUCACUUCCUGCACUAAUACGUCUAACCCUGGGGUUAUGCUAGGGGCGGGCCUGCUCGCGAGGAAUGCCCGGGAUAAGGGUCUAAAGGUAGGGUAG